GCAUCGGUGUGACGGAAUAUCACUCAAAACGCGCCGUUUUAUUCUUCUCUUUCAUUCACCCCCAUUCUGAGACUAUACACCCUCUUCUGCUGAAUUUGAAGUUUUUGAGCUGCAAAUUGGUACUGGGCAUAGUUAGAGGGGCAACUUGUUUCAUGACUUCAUCAGCUUCGGUAACAUUCUCUAGAUCGUGUGUAUCUGCACGGGCAGAUUAGGCACUCUGGCUGUACUAUUAUUGCCUUUUAUUUAGCUGGCUCCAGGUGGAUGGGAUAUUCUUCUAUUUUCCAAAAAUAACUGAACAAGAUGAGUGCAAAGGUCGACACGACAUCUGCUGUUGAGCCUCACAGUUCUAAGAUGUCUGGAAUGAGCACAUUAUCUGCACCACCAACCAGUAGCCAAAAGGUCUCUAUGUUCGCUGCAAAAUCUGGAUUUGUUAUUCCAAGAAACAAAUUGUCAGGCUCAUUAAUUCCUAUCAUUCGAGGAGGUAAAAAGCUGGGAGGAGGUGAUGCGUCUAAUGAGGAAAGUACCAACCUGACGCAGAGGAAAACAAAAUGGGGCCCCGAUCUGACACAGGAUGCUGCUGUUAAAAGGGGAAGAGCCUUAGCUUAUCAGACACGAGUGGAUCAAAUUAUGCAACAGCUGAAAUUGGGAUCUUUGGAGGUUGGGGACACUGAAGGCUCACCAAUUGCAGCUGAGCAUCCAGAUCACAUGUCUCCAAGUCCUCACAACAAUGAUAAGAAGUCAGAACUGUUGGAACUUGAAAAGCGGGAAGUAAUAGGUGAAAUAUUAAAAUUGAAUCCAAGUUACAAAGCCCCACCUGAUUAUAAACCUUUGUUGAAGGAGUCAAGUGUUCCACUCCCUGUCAAAGAACAUCCUGGAUUCAAUUUUAUUGGCCUCAUAUUUGGGCCUGGAGGUGAUAAUCAAAAGCGAUUAGAAAAAGAAACUGGAGCUAAAAUACAAGUUUAUGGUACCAAAGCGGAGACAGGAGAGAAGGGAGAAAUCAAACUAUCUGAUGGAAAUGAAAUCCAUGGUGCUUAUGAAGAGUUAUGUGUUCAAAUAUCAGCCGAGACAUUUGAGAAAGUUGAUGCUGCUGUUUCCAUCAUUGAACUGCUGGUCACCUCAGUAUCAGGGAAUUUGACAGCUGUGUCCACAAUCUCUACUUCCGUUUCUGGGGAUAAUAUAGAUAUCUCCCGAAGCCAGGAUGCAGCCACCACCUCCAGUGUUGGUACUGCUGCAGUAGAUCAGGGAGUACUACAACCAGUGGCCGGAUCUACACAAACGCCCUUGCAGGGUCAAUUUCAAUUCCCCAGUCCAUGGUUUCCAUCAGGCCAAUCUUCUGGUCUCAUUCCCCCUCCAAAUCCUUCAUCUCCAAUUUUCAGAAAUCAUGUCCAUUUAUCGUCAUCUCCCUUGAAUCCUUCAAACAUGCCUUCUUUGUUUGGGCCUCGACCAACUCCAGCUGCUGGACCCAGUUCAAUUCUCCAAAACCAACCAGUUUUCCCCCGACCACAGCCACAAACACAAGUACCAUGGCAUCCUUACAUGGCUCAAAUAAGUCCUUUAGGACAUAUUGGCCCCUUGAGAAGUCCUUUACAGCAGCCUAAUGUUUCAGCUCCACUUCCAUUUACUGGUAGCCAACCCCUACCAAUAAGGCCAGCCCCUAUCACAGGGCCAUUAAUGGCUUCACUUUCUCAACCUAUGUCUGGGAGUUCUAGUGUAUGGUCUGGAGCCCCUGGAGGUGGUAGUGUUUCAACAUCUCUAGGUCUGAGCAACAUGGGGCAGAUGGUUCAACCCAUCAGGCCUCAUCCUCAAAAUCCACAACCAGGUGUUGCAUCCAUGGCUCCUUCAAAUAUAUCAACAGCCAGUUUGGUUUCAACUAUCACCUUUUCAUCUAGACCAUCCAUGCCACAGAUUUCUGGUGCUGCUGUGAACCAUCCUAUUGCAGCUCCACAUUUUUUGUCAAAUCCACCAUCUCAGGUAAGACAUCCAGCUGCAUUUUCAGCUUCUGUACACCAUACACCAGCACCAGUACCUGCACCUAAUUCAUCUAUAAAUCCGGGAUUGGGAGCACUGAUUCCUUCACCUGGAUCUUCCACACAACCACCUUUACCUAUGCAAUCAGGAAUAACAAAUUCUGUUGCUCCGAGUACACCAAACUUCACUGUCAUAAAACCACCGACAGUGACAGCUCCAAGUUCCGGUAAUUUCACUUUUCAACCACAUGGGCCGCAGAACCCAGUCUCUCAAACAGUUGCCACGUUAAGUAGCCAACUUGCAACUCAGAGUACUUCACAGGUGCAGCCUCCCGCACCUCAGGUAUCAUCUUUCCAGUUGGCUGCGCCCAAACUAAAUCCUCAACCAGUCAGUCAAGUCUUUCAGAGGCCAUCGUUCAGCAAUCUGGUAGGCCAGCCUCAAGCUCCUGUAUCUCCUGUUCCCUAUGCCAGAACACCAAUGGGUCCACCCAGACAUCCGUCAAUUCCAAAUGCAAGUGUUUCACCUAGGACUCCACUCCCACAAAUGGGCCUAAGGAACUUCAGUCCAGCUCCCCAAAGGCCUGGUUUCUCUGGUCCUAUUGUUCCCAGGCCGGCAAAUCCUGUUCAACUUCAACAAAAUUAUCCAGCUCGAAUGACUAGGCCAGAUAUCCUCUUUUCUCCAAAUCAGCAAUUUAGCAACACUUUAUCCUUUGCAUCUAGUAAGCCAGUUUCUAAUCCUGGAGGACAGCAAAUUUAUGAUCCUUUCUCACCUACGUCUGUGUCUACCUCAAAGGCAGAGGGGUGACCCAGCAAAGAUGAGAAACCGGGAGAAAUACACAGCACGAGGAUUUGAUGGACUCGAAAUGAAACACUUGUUGGCUAACCAUUUGAGAUGUAGUUAGGUCCCCAAAAUGGCGUAUAAAUUUUCGUCUAUAGAAGUGAUAUGUUGCUCUUUGUAAUCAAAUUUCUGGUAUAAAGUGACUUUGUUGCAACAUGUAAUUUUUUAACAGUUUUCUUUGCAUCUUCAUCUUUUCUUGUCAUUGUCUAUCUUCCCCUGAACUAUGAAUGAAGUUUAAAUUGAAUUGUUUACUAGAGAAACAACUCCAUUGGAUAAAUGUCUUCUGUUAUUUUGCUUUA